GGAGGAAGAGGUUAUUAUUUCCGUUGUGACGUAGGCACUUCGAGGCGAGUUCGGAGUCGGUUCCCAGGCACCAGCUAAACCAGACGUCUGCCUGAGCCCUUCGUGGCUAGUGUCAUCUCCUCGCUCGAAGAUCCUACCAACACCUUCAGGAUGAAUGACAGCAUCAUCAACUCUCUCGACAAAGAACAGCUCUGCGGACUCCGCAAGGCCUUCGACGCUUUCGACACGGACAAAAAGGGCGCCAUCAACGUGGAGACGAUCAGCACCAUCCUGAGAAUGAUGGGCGUCAAGGUGUCAGAGAAGAACCUGCAGGAGAUCAUCGCCGAGGUCGACGAGGACGGUUCCGGAGAGCUGGAGUUUGAGGAAUUCUGUGCCCUGGCCGCCAAGUUCCUGAUCGAGGAGGACGAGGAGUCACUAAAAGCAGAAUUAAAAGAGGCGUUUCGUAUAUACGAUAAACAGGGUGACGGCUACAUCACGACGAAGGUGCUGAAGGAGAUCCUACGAGAACUGGACAACAAACUCACCGAGGAGGACCUAGAUGGCAUUAUCGACGAGGUGGACGAGGACGGAUCAGGGACCUUGGAUUUCGAUGAAUUCAUGGCGAUGAUGGCUGGUUAAACCUUCCCUUUCCCUCCAUUUCACACUUUCCUUCUUGUCUUAUCUCACGGCCCUCGUAACCAGCUCCUGAUCAAAUCCACAUUCCCGUUCUCAAUUUCAGAGUUCAUGGAUAUGAUGACUGGUUAAUAAAUGCCACAAAAUGUCCAGCGUCUACUCCUAUUUAAUAAAUAAAUAAAUAUAUCAACAACAACAACAGCAACAUCCUCCAUCCAUCCAAUUAUCCACUCUUCCCAUACCAAAAGCAACAGGAAUUGUCCAGAAAUGCACGCAAGUCAUCUGCGUGAAAAUUAGUUUAGUCACCCCCCUCGCAUUCCUCAUCCUGACAUCUCGGCGAAAAAAAAACAACAGAAAACGGAACUCGGACUCCAUUGCCCCCCAAAAAUGUGAAAGAAAGAAAAAAUCAAUAAGAAAUUUUUUUGGUAUAAGGUUAUGCAAAAGGAAGAUAUAACAUCGUAGAAAAAGAUAAAAGUUAUAUCGUUGAAAAGAUGUAGACCAGUUUAAAAAAAAUCCUAUAUAUUUUGACGGAUUUUUUCGAGAACUCAGAAUCGUUUUUUCUUUAUCAUUAUUUUUUUCCCCUUUUUAAUCCAAUAGACAAGAGAACACUGUGGGGCGUUUUAUUUCAUCUAUUGUUUUAUUACUUAAAAAAACAGACUUUUUGAAUUAAUUUCUUCUUUUUUCUUUAUCUUUUUGCCAAGAACAUUUUGCAUUUUAUGAUUUUAUUCAUAUACUGAGAAGUAUAACAUCAUUAACCUAACUGAAGUGAGUUUUUUUUUAUUUAACUUACUGAUUUAGGAAUAUAUUUAUGUUGUCAUUAAAACAAGUGUUAUGUACGAUGUUUUUUUUUUCUUGACUUUGUGUUAACUAAAUGCUUAUAUAAGUGAUCUUGCUUUAUUGUUUAAGAUUUUAAAUUAAAACUGAACCAUUG